AUAAUUUUUGAAACAGACUAUCUACAAAUGUAACAAUUCACAGAUAAUCCAAAAUUAUUAGUUGCGAAAAUAGUUUUUGUAUUCAAUUUUGCAACAUAACUGUUUAAAUUCAAAUAACUGUUAUACCACUUCGUAUGAUUGAUAUAUAGACGAAAAUCGUGAUAUCCCGAAGAUGAUAACAAAUAGUUUGGGUCAUUUCCCUGACGUCUGCUGCUUAUGCCUUCGAAUUCGACCUGCCCCAGAAAUGAUUCCUAUUGAUGGUACACAGCCCGAGUUUGACCUGCAAUUAAGUGAUAUGUUGGAAGAAUUUAGUUUUGCAAUUCCAACGGAAUUGAGCACAGCAUUACCUGCGGCUGUGUGUGAACAGUGUGAAAAGGAUUUCUUAUUGGCAUACAAACUGAAACGAAGAGUGAAAUUCCUCCGGAGUUUUCAAAUAGCUUAUCUUCAAAUGAAACUAGGGAACAUCGAUCCGUUAAGGACACUAUUCAAUGAUCAUCAUGUAUACAUGGGAACACUUUUUAGAGAACUAAACCUAAUAAGCAACGACCAGCUUUGUUGGAAGGAUUUAGAAGAAAGUUGUACGAAGAAUCACAUAAAGCAAGAAUUGCUAGACAACGAAGAAACUGACUUCAAUAGCGAAGACAAUAAUCAAAUAUUGGAAGUUGAGAUAUUACAAUCGAAUGCCGAACUGUCUCCUGAUCAUCCAUAUGAUAUCGAAAUCGAAUAUUUGGAGUUUGAUAAUGAUAAAUCAUCGGAUAAGAAUUCCAAGUCUGAAGAGUCAAUAAGUUGUGACCUAAACCACACUGAACAAAAAACACAAAAUGAGUGGCUCUGUAAGAUUGGUGAUUGCCAAUAUACUAUUGAGUCGAGAGAUCUGCUGGUGCGACACAAAAACGAAGUGCAUCACUGUUGCGUAUGUGAUAUUUGCGGAAUUGUUCUGAAAAAUAAAUACUCAUUGGAUGUUCACGUUAGACGCCAUCGGGGAGAGACUAGAUUUGAUUGUGAAUACUGUCCUUCCAGUUUUCAUACCUCCCAGGAACACAAACUUCACCUUGGCUUAGUUCAUGUCGCUGGCGAAUAUGUGAAGUGUGAUAUUUGUGGUUUGGGAUUUAGAAAUUCUGUUUGUUUGAAACGACACCUCAAAUCUCAUUCAAACGUUCGAAACUAUAAAUGUCCACACUGCGAUAUGGCUUUCAAAACAACGAUGCACCUUCACCGGCAUAAAGAAACUGUUCAUAUGAAAGUACGCUACAAUUGUGAUCAUUGUGAUAUGUCUUACGGCAGGAAAGACAAACUUCGAAUGCAUGUAGAGCGUGUUCAUAAUAUCCAAACAUAUUUUCUAUGCAGUAUAUGCCUCAAAUCGUUCCCUUCCAACGAUAAUCUAGAGGAGCACAUGAAUUAUCAUGCGAAUCCGAAGGAGUUGGAAUGUGCAGUAUGUCUGGUGGCCUACCUGAGUCAGGACGAUUUUGACACGCAUUUAUGUAUUUCAUAUCGAGAAGAUUAUGUUUGCUGUGGCCGUGAUUUCAAGUUCCAUACUUUCUACAAUAAGCAUAUGUUUUUGGUACAUGGUGAAAAAACAAACGUUCGCGUUAGACCAGCAGAAAAUAAGCUUCUUGCUAAAAUUCGUGCCGAACGUAAACAAGAAGAACGGUGUUCCAACUGUGAAAAAGUAUUCAUUUCUAGAAAACUUAAAAAUAUUCAUAGGAAGACAUGUUGUGGGGUUUCACCCUUGCAUUUCAAACUGAAAGAUGAGGUUACUCAUGCAUAUAUUUAACAAAACCAAAUAUUUAAUACUACCGUAGAUUUUUUUAUUAAUCCGUUUAUUUUUACAGGCUUACAGGUUUAAAGGAGCCAAACUCUUAACUAUAUUUCUACUAGAAUAUA